UACUCGUAUUAUUAAUACAACUAUUAUUAUAUAUUUAGGCCCAAAUCACAAAUUUUUAAAAGUUGUGUGUACAAAAUUUUAGUAUGUUCCCGAAAGAUGUUUUUAAGAAAAAACUCCGUAAAAGCAAUGACCCCGCUACCACUGGGAGAUUACCUUUGGAAGCUGGCGAAACUCAGCGCAAGUUGAGAAACCUAAAUCGACAAUUUGAACGUGACAUUUUGCGUUUGGAAAAUUCGAUCAGUAAUUUGGAGGUUCCUGACAAGUCAUUGGCUUCCGCAUGGGUUGGUAAGCUGAAGACACGUCCACCAAAUAUUAAUGAAGCUCUUGCUCGAAACUAUAUUUUGACAUAUCUCCUGCAAUCAACUCAAGUGCAAAUGUUCAAAAUGAAGCCGUUUUGCAAAUCACCACCGACAAAUACCUUGUCAAAAAUAAAAGCCGUAAUGCCACCGAUUAUGAUCAAAACGAAAAACGUUAAGGAGCUGUAUCAAAAUUCUUUCGAUAAUGGCGCCUUUUUAAAUAAAUUACCUGUGCCGCGGGAUGGAGCAUUUUUUGUAUUGCACCUGCGUCCAAAUCUGAACUGAU